CUGAGGUGGUCUUCAUAUUUCUUGCGCAGCAAUUUUGAAAUAGCAUUUCGAUGUGUUUCAUAGAUUGAAUGAUGAUAAAUAAUAAUUGCGGGAUUUCAGCAGGGCCAAAGAAAAGUGUCAGUAACUGAGACAAAUCCAGUUUUGUGAUCAAGACAGAUUGGAGACAAGCUAAUCCAAAAAGGUUGGGUCAAUGGUUUCAAUUGAUCGCAUCUAGAGGUCGAACUUUGUUUUAAUUUCCAAGUUUCAGUACCUUUUGAGCAUAAGUUGGACUUGAACUGGCCAUAGGCUCUUUCACAGAGCUUAAAAGGUGACUCGUGGGGACUAGACCAAAUGGCUGCGUUAAGAUUUGACAAACUUUCCGCAUAGUGCAAGAAUUGGUUUUGUUCACUUGUAGCAAAAUCGAAAGAAAUGAUUGUAACAGUUAGGCUUAACACAUUUCUUUCCAAAAUUAUACUUACUGAACAAUAUUAUCUCCUGGAUACAGCUGCGCCAUUUAAAUGACUUGGUAAUCUUAUCUCGAAAUGGAGAUACAAGACGCUGUUAGCCAGGAUGCAACAGAGGUACAUGGAAGAGAAUCAAGCAACACGCUUUGGUCACUGGUGAAGAACUUCUGCGACUACACAUCUGCUCAUGGCCUGGGAAGGAUAAUGGCCGCCACACACUGGACUCGGACUGUAUUUUGGACGAUGCUGUUAUUAGGGGCAACAACGAUCAUGACGGUCCAAGUCCACACUUUGUUCCAAAAAUACCAAAGACGGCCGCUCACUACCUUGGUGACAGUAGAAACAUCCAAGAGUCCUCCAUUUCCAGCUGUAACUUUCUGCAACUUCAAUGCAAUCAAAUACAGCUCUCUUAAAGCAGCAAAGGAUACGGACAGGGGAUUUGUUUACGAAGUCAUUGAAGUUGAACUUGGUAAGAAUGCGUCCUUAACGGCUCAAAGUAGAAAACGAAGAGCCAAUGAUGGCGAUGAUGAAAAUUCAGCCGAUUACCCUGACGACUAUGAUGACCGGGAUGACGAAGAGAGUAGAGAGUUUCACGAUCCAGCUAAGAAAGAGCCGCGUUUCCUAAAGAGCGAGCAAAUGGCCGUUCUUAUGGCCGAGAAAAAUGAAAGUUUCCUAAGUACGAUGGGUCAUCGUUUUGAGGACAUGGUGUUAUCGUGUACUUACAGAGGUGUUCCGUGUCGAAACCUCACGUCCUUUUUCUGGGAGAGGUUUUGGCAUUACAAAUACGGUAACUGUUACACGUUUAACAGUGGCAAAACAAGCUCUGGAUCAAAUGCACGCAUACUAAAAUCCAAUAAGCCAGGACCAUCACAUGGGCUUAACUUAGAGCUCAACAUUGAGCAAGAAGAUUACAUCGGUGUUUUGGCUCCAGAAGCAGGAAUCAGAAUGGAUAUCAGCACUCAGGGCGAGAUGCCAUUUCCACUGGAGAGAGGAGUGAGUCUGGCUCCGGGAUAUGCCACAAUGAUUGGACUGAGAAAGGAAAUGAUACAGAGAGAGGAUCCCUUCGAGAGCAAGCGUUGUUUAAAGACCGUCUCCAGUGAUAAAUCAAACUUGUACACAAAACACUUUGGAGCAGUCUACUCCGCAACUGCAUGCAAAGAUUCCUGCUUGGCGUACAAUCAACUUAAAGAGUGCAAAUGCAUGGAAUACAGAUUCCCCGGAAGUUCCACAUACGGCAUCUGCAGUGUGACAGACAAACUGACAAGCAAAUGUCUCAGCAAAGUGCAGAAGAAGUUCAGAGAAAACAAAUUGAAUUGUACUGACUCGUGUCCGCCACCAUGCAGGGAGGAGGGGUUUAAGAUGAGUACUUCUUUCGCCAUUUGGCCAUCAGAGAGAUUUGAGCCAAUCUAUACAGAGGAGUUAAAGAACAAAAAUAAACUAAUUACCAAAGAUGGAUCUCACAGAAAAAAUGUUUGCAAGUUGCAAGUGUUCUAUGAGGAGCUUAACUUGGAGGUGAUAACUGAACAGCGGUCUUACGAGAUUGAGGAUUUCGUGUCCGACAUUGGCGGUCAGUUGGGUCUGUGGAUUGGAUUCUCUGUACUGACCGUGGCGGAGUUCUUGGAGCUAUUCAUGUUGCUAUUCCACGCAGCGCUUAAAAUCUGCAGAGCUAAGAAAACAGCCGAGCCAAAAAACAACCCAUAUCGGAUCUAGAGGAUAGAGGAAAAUCCUUCACUUUUAUCUGCUCUGAUCAUCAUCAUUUGUUACUUUUCGACGCAUUAUUUAUACAUAGCCAAAGAGGCACUAAUUUGUUAUUUUCGGUUUGAAGAAAUUGAAAAAGAAAGAUUAUCUAAGCGGUUCACUUGGAAAAUAAUAAACUCAACGACAUCAAGCUACAUCAAGUUUUUUAAAACAUGCAAUGGACAAAUCGUGCAUUGAAUUACAAGUUGAUCAGCUGUUGUUGUUGCUAGACUUUCAAGUGACGAAUCCUCUUGGUCCUUUGGAAAGAAAUACAAUAGCUAAGGUAAUGCUUAUCAGCUUUAUCCAUACACGAGCUUAAGUCAACGAACGGUUAUUUAUUGCAGGUUCUUAACCCAUAAUAUAUAGAUUUAGCCUAGCCUAAAAGCGGAGCUCAUGGGCCGGGUUAUUCAAAGCCCGAUUAAGAUA